GGCAGGACACGAAGGAGCGAACAAGAACAGCCAAAAUGGCGCAUAUGGCAGUAGUAAGUAAGGGCAAAGUGGCAAGCAAAAUUGCCAAGCCAUUGCUCUCAACCAACAACGCAGAAGCAAGAACGCGUGUUUUGAAUCUCUACAGAGCAUGGAUGCGUGAGAUGCCUCAUGCUGUGCAAUCGCAUGCAUUAGACAUCACAGUGAGGCAAGGAAAGGACAAAGUGCGAGAAAUUUUCAGAAACAACAUGCAUAUAAAAGACCUAAGGGUUAUAGACAUGCUUUGUAUAAAGGGAACAUUGGAGUUGGAAGAAACACACAACAUCUGGAAGCAAAGCACCCAUAUUAUGAGAUAUUUUAAGGAAACGGAAAGAGAAAAGAAGGACGAUUUUAUGUCGAAAUUUUACGAAGGUUAUAACUAAAUUUGGUAGUGUCGGGCUUUCUAAAAUCUCUUGGUUUGGACAAAUGCGCCCAUCAAUGAGUGGUUAGAUAAUUUUACUUUUGAAGCGAUGUUGACCGUAUGUGAUAUUUAAGAUUUUUCAUUCGUGUCCCAAAUCCUCUGUCUUUUUUGCCAUAAUUUUGAUUCGAGAA